AUGGGUGACGCAGAGAUCAAGGCAUCGUCAUGGAGACUGGUGGAAGUCGGCCGUAUUGUACUCAUCCACGGAGGAGAUGCAGCAGGCAAGCUGGCUACGAUUGUUGAGAUCAUCGACCACAAGCGGGCCCUCAUCGAUGGACCAGCAACAGACACCAAAAUCGCCGUUCCCCGUCAAUCAAUCGCCCUUGCACAACUCAUCCUCACACCCCUUGUUCUCGAAAAGCUCCCAAGAGGCGCACGAACUGGAGUGGUCAAGGCGCAAUGGGAGAAGGCUGGUAUCGAGGCAAAGUGGCAAGAGAGUGCGUGGGCUAAGAAGCGUAGCCAAAAGGAGAAGAGACGAGCUUUGACAGAUUUCGAGCGAUUCAAGGUCAUGAGACUGAAGAAGCAGGCGGGUUUCCAGGUCAAGACAUCGUUGGCGAAGUUGAAGGCGGCUGCGAAAUAG